GAGCGCCAUGCAUCGCCGCUGAGCUGACAUAAGGGCACACCUACUUUAAUACUUUACUGCUACUAAAUAUAAUUUCUUCUGCCUUUUGGAAGAAGCCUUUGAAGCCGUAGAUUUAAACCCUCCCCGGUGGUUCAGAGUUCGUUGAAAGGCUCACCAAGAAUGCAUGCAAACUUGUGUGGCACAUGGGACAUGAUCAGCAAUGAGAACUUUGAGGGCUACAUGAUUGCAUUAGAUAUCAACCCUUGUAUUAGAAAAAUUGCUCUGAAGCUGAAGCUGAAGAAGUUGAUUGAACAACAGGGCGACCGGUACGUCAUCAAAACAUGUACUACUUUCAGGAACUACACCGUGUCCUUUCGAGUGGGACAGGUGUUUGAGGAGUUCUCCGGGGGCUUAGACAACCGGCACAUGAAGUCGCUGGUGAGGUGGGAGGGGAACAAGCUGGUGUGCGAACAGACUGGUGAGAAGAACAAUAGAGGGUGGUGUCACUGGAUUGAAGAGGACAAGCUUCACUUGGAUCUGUAUUGUGAAGGGGAAAUCUGCAAGCAGGUUUUCAAGAAGGUCAAUGACUGAAGAGGAGGAUAAAUGUCAAAAAUGGACAUUACACAAAAGAAAUGAGCUCUCCUGUGAGCUGUGAGGGAAUAACUAAAAUACCACUAGAGAGCAGUACAUCAACAUGAAUACUGUUACGUACUGUAAGUACGGUGGAUGACUGUUUACCACUGCAUUGAUCGAGGUUAGCUCACAAGGGGCAAAAAGAUUAGCAGCGUCUGGUUACUUAUAUGUUUCUCCAUGUGUUUGUGCUUUUAUGGAACAACUGUGGUCAGCGUUGUAGAUGUACAUAUCCGUAUUAUGUGUGGGGAUAUGUGUCACCUAAAAUUCAAAUAAAUGCAGAUCAAAGUAAAAAGCUUUUUUUUUUUUUUAAAGCUGUUGGCAAACGGUUAUGCUCAAAUCCAAGGUUGGGCAAAGUUUGGCCAAUGAGCCAAAAACAUCUUGCUAAAUGCUUUAACCUGGUCUAUUGGUGAUUGGGAUGUCGAAAUGGUUUUUGUCACGUAGUUAAGGUUUCCUUCAUAGAUGGCCGUUAUGAUGCUGAACUCAAAUAAAAUAAAUAUGUGAUCGCUUCA